AUGCCUUUAUUCUUGCGCUCCUGGCGCCAGGAUGCGCUGAACCGCGGCCAGCAUGACGCAGCCAUUUACAUUGGCGACAAAGUGCUGGCCCUGACCAACAGUGACUCGGACGCCUUCUGGCUAGCACAGGUCCAUUUCUCGAACAAUAACUAUGCCCGCGCCUUGGCCCUCCUGUCUCGCAAAGACCUCAUCUCCCGGAGUACCGCGUGUCGCUACCUCGCCGCGCACUGCUACAUCAAGCAGAAUCAAUUCGAGCAGGCGCUCUCUGUUCUUGGUGACCACAACCCGACUCACUUGAUACGCAGCAGCAACAGCCGUCGCAAGCUGCAGCACCUCAACGGCCAGAGCCAUGUGACUCUACGGAACGGAAAGACCACGGCUUCGCGGAUCGAUCGCAGCGAGGAGCGGGAAAAAGAGGAUGCCAACAACGUCCGCUUCGAGGCAGCAAUGUGCUAUCUGAGGGGGGUCUGUUUUGCGAAGCAGAAUGCCUUCGACCGCGCGCGGGAUUGCUACAAGGAUGCUGUCCGGAUCGACGUCCAAUGCUUCGAGGCGUUUGACCAGCUCAUGAAGAACUCGCUCAUGUCGCCGGCCGAGGAACUGGAGUUUCUCGAGUCUCUUGACUUUGAUUCUGUCUCGAGCCCAGAGCCGUCAGUGGCGCAAGAGGCGGCUCAUUUUACCAAAAUGCUAUACACGACCCGACUGUCCAAGUACUCUUCCCCUACGAUCCUUUCCGACGCGACCGAAACUCUUUCGACGCAUUAUAAUCUGUCGGAGAACCCUGAUAUCUUGCUCUCGCGGGCAGAAGCCCUAUAUACACAGUGCCGAUUCGCACAAGCUCUAGAGCUCACCUCAUCUAUCCUAUCCACCUCGCAGUCAAGCACCUCACUGACACAGACGACAGCUGCGAUGCAUGUGUCGGCUCAGAGCCACCUUGGACAUCCGCCUGCGGUGUACCCUUUACACCUGGCCUGUCUCUACGAAACCGGGGCCACCAAUGCGCUUUUUUUACUGUCGCAUACGCUCGCUGAUCACGCACCAGAAGAAUCGUAUACGUACCUUGCUAUCGGCGUGUAUUACCUAUCAGUGUCCAAGAUCGCUGAGGCGCGACGGUUCUUCUCCAAGGCAUCGUUGCUGGACCCCCAUUCCGCACCAGCAUGGAUUGGCUUUGCCCACACCUUUGCCGCCGAGGGAGAACACGACCAGGCGAUCGCCGCAUAUAGCACGGCGGCACGGCUUUUCCAGGGCAGUCACUUGCCUCAGCUGUUUUUGGGCAUGCAGCAUCUUGCACUGAACAACAUGUCUUUAGCACAAGAGUACCUUUCGGCAGCGUAUUCGAUGUCCACCGGAGACGCGUCCGGGUCAGCUCCAGCCAUCCGUGCCAAUCCCUCUUCCGAGCUGACCUCUCUUGGCGGCGACCCCUUGGUUCUGAACGAACUAGGGGUAGUCUUCUAUCACCAAAAUCACCUUGAGGCGGCCGUUGAGCUGUUCCGGCGAUCGCUAGACCUGGCCACGUCGCUGGAAUGCGAGCCCGGAGCGUGGGUAGCGACGCGAGCGAACUUGGGGCAUGCCUUGCGUCGCAUUGGGCGAUUCUCGGAAGCCCUGACCGAGUUCGACGAGUGCCUUCGUAUCGGAGCCGCUGGGGCGAGUUUCGGGUACAGCCCAUUCUUAGGGGGCAGCGGCGGGAGCGCAUCUGGCGUCGCCACGUCGGGUGUCGGGGGCUACGAAGACCGUGGGCUGGUCGGCUCGUUGCACACUGCUCGCGGGCUUGUAUUACUCGAGCUGAGUCGCACCAUGGAAGCUGUGACGGCACUUCAUGAAGCGGUGCGAGUGCUCGGGGCCAGCGGUGGCGGCGACGCAGCAGGAGGCGCGGGCAUCGCCGGCACACUGCUCUCUCGUGCCUUGGAAAUCUGGGCGCUUGAAGGGCAAGACAGCGAGCCGCUCGUUUUUGAAGAAGCAAGAACCACGACCAGUCGGAGCUCCACGCGGUCAUCCAAAGGCAAGGGAAAGAGCGUGUCCCGGCGACGGGGAGUUCCUGAGGAGUCUUACGCUGAAGAAUGGACGGACGAAGUGGCUCAUGUCAACGGGCUCAGCGCGGCCGGACAUUCGGAAACGCUUGAGGAGAAGGUGGAAAUGGAGCUGGACGACGAAGCGGACGGCAUGUUGCGGCAGGCUAUGGGCCGCGUGCGCGGCGGGCGCAGUAGACGGCGAGUUGAGUCGGAGAGCGAAACGCCAGGGCCUGCAAGCGGCAGGAGUCGAGGGACGCGGGCGGUGCGGAGCAACGCGAGGCAGCAGUGACAGUGAGCAGCAGCAGUGAGAUGAGAUGGCAUUGGGCAUAGACGUGGGCGUUGGGUUGGAUGAAUUAUACCCGGGUAUUGUGU